UGUGUACCGAGAGCUGCCUACCUGGAUAUUUUAAGAAAAAGCAGGACGAGAAGCCUUUUUGCUGCUAUGAUUGUCUCCCAUGUCCCAAAGAGAAAAUGUCAAGCCAGAAGGAUAUGUAUGACUGUUCAAAAUGCCCUGAAGAUCAAUAUCCAAAUAAAAACCAAGAUUCGUGUAUUUCAAAGAAAAUAAUUUUCUUGUCCUAUGAAGAGGCAAUGGGAAUAAGUUUACUUACUCUUGCACUUUUCUUUACUCUCUGCACAAUUGUGGUACUCACAACAUUUUUGAAGUAUCACAAUACUCCCAUUGUCAAGGCCAAUAACCGAAACCUCACCUACCUUCUACUCAUCUCCCUCAUCCUCUGCUUCCUGUGCUCACUGCAGUUUCUUGUUGCACCCAGCAACAUAAUAUGUCUCUUCAGACAAAUUAGCUUUGGCAUCAUCUUCUCAGUAGCUGUGUCUUCUGUGUUGGCAAAAACCAUCAUUGUAGUUCUGGCUUUCAUGGCCACCAAGCCAGGAUCAAGGAUGCGGAACUGGAUGGGAAGAGGACUGGCUACCUUCAUAGUUCUUUCUGGUUCCCUGAUUCAAACAGGCAUCUGUGCAGUGUGGCUGUUCACGUUUCCCCCUUUCCCUGAUGUUGACACCCAUUCAGAAAUGGAAGAAAUCAUUCUACAUUGUAAUGAAGGCUCAGCUGUUAUGUUUUACUGUGUCCUGGGCUACAUGGGCUUUCUAGCAACUGCCAGUUUCAUGGUAGCAUUUUUCUCCAGGAAUCUCCCCAGCAGUUUCAAUGAGGCCAAAUGUCUCACAUUCAGCAUGCUGAUCUUCUGUAGUGUGUGGCUCUCUUUUGUUCCUUCCUACCUGAGCACCAAAGGCAAAUAUAUGGUUGCUGUGGAGGUUUUCUCCAUUUUGGCUUCUAGCGCUGGAUUGCUUGUCUGUGUAUAUUUCCCCAAAUGCUACAUAAUUAUUUUUAGUCCAGAACUAAACAAUAGAGAACAAUUAAUAAAGAGAAAAAAUUAA